AUGGACGAGGGCUACGGGAGCAAGAGCGGGACCAAGGCCAGAGGCGGGCAGGACAAGCCGGCGGCACGCAAGUCAUCCAAGCACUCCCAGCACUCCCAGCACUCCAAGUCAUCCAAGCACUCCAAGCCGACUGCGUCGCGAUCCAAGGAUGCAAAGUCCCGAACCAAGGGCAAGGCUGGGAGAAGAAGCCGUGGCGUCGAGAUGACCACCAUGGGUGCUGUGGGCGGCAAGAAGGGCAAGGCGAUGCGGAUGGGUCCGGCGACGACCACAGUCUUUAUCUCGUCGGCGUACUCGUCGUUUGAGAGCUCGUCCGCAGAGGCGUCGACGACGACCGAGGUUACCCAGGUGCGGAUGCGGCCGCGUGGCAAGUCGACGACAGGCUUCUCACCAACAACGGCUUCGACGGCGUCGACGGCGUCAACGUUCACCACUACUGCGGUCUCAUCGACGGCGACGUGCGAGACAACGACCGCUAUGUCGACGCUCACCACGACGGCGGCAUCUUACUCGUCGUCGUCGUCGAGCUCCGACUCGUCGUACUCGUCGUCGUCGAGCGAUACGCUGGAUACCAACCUGUCAUCGGUCGACACUCUCUCAACCCUCGACACCGCGCUUACUGCCGACGAGGAGACAACGGUGGCCACAGCCAUCGGCGACACCUUCCUCGAGCUCGACGACUACUCGUACUACGAGGACGACUGGAACAACUUUUGGCGCGACGAGGGAGUGCUUCCGCCGCAGUCCGAGAUGAUCCGCGCCCACGCCAAGCACGCCAAGCGAGCCAAGCAUGCCAAGCCCUGGGCCGGCCCCGCCAAGCAAUCGCGGACGCGCUCACGCUCCAAAGGCAUGCUCCUCCUCGGCGGCGAACGCGAGCGCCGUCGUGGCGGACGUGCGCAGGGCAUGCCCAUGCCGCCGCCGCGGGGCCAGCCGCCGGUCCCAGGCGUCCACAUUCCGCCGGUCCCUGCCCCGGGCUCUCCGCACGGCCGCGGCCAUUACCUCCCACCGGGCUACCACCUCCAGCAGAUGGGUCCCGGUGGUGGCCCUGGGCCGAUCCCCUACAAUGCCGGACACUACCAUUAUCCUGGCCUCCUCCUCCCAGGCGGUCGUCGAUGA